AUGUACAUUGACACUCAAAUAAAGCGCGUUUUUUUCUCAACAGUCAAAGUUUUAAGGUUUAACAGAAAAAAGCCUUUGCCAGAUGCAGAAGACAUAGAUUAUGUAAACUCCUAUAUCAACCAUGGUGUAUCAGGCUCUGUUUCCGUAACAGGUUACAGGUCAGUAAUUAAAGUUAAAAAUGACAUAGAAAAAAACUACUCAUAUUAUUCCUUUCAUUGUUUGCAAUGCACGACUUAGACCCGAGAUUUGUUUGUUUCAAUCCCCAAUCAACACCUGAGCAUUAAGGUGCGGAAAAACAGGUAACAAAAAACGUGCAACUUGGCUUGAAACAUUGUUGCAAAACGAUUUGACUAGCGAUGUUGCGCGUUUUACCACUCAUGUUUAAACCUGUUAACAACCUGAUUUGUUGCAAGACAUGUUUGAUGUGGGUGGUAUUAAUAAUGCGGAACAUUGCUAUUCAUCUCGUUUUGCAGCAAUGUUGCAAAGUUGUACGUUUUUUUUUUUGUUGUUGCCCGUUUUCCGUAUCUUUACAUGCAGUUGAAGAGAGCAAGGAUGUACAUAUUGUGAUUCAAAUGAUGACUGUUGUUUUACGAAAAUAACAUUUCAACUAAGGAUUAAACAGUUAAAUCACAACAUGCAUGUGAUUGAUUGAAAAUUUCUCACUUAGGGACAAUGAUUACUUGGACGAAGUUCUGGAAAAACAAGCAGACAUGAUCCGUUACUUGCAGCAACACAAUGCCAACUUAGGCAAAAGACUGAUGAAACUCACUGCACAGCAAAGGAGAAGCAGUCUUCAGUCUUAACAUUGAACAAGUCAGUUAGCGGUGAUCUAGUUUGAUGUGGACGAGAGUAUAACGUUGCAGUGCGUAGCGUGUCUGUUUCUAUUUGAGGAAGACAUUUUUGCGCGGACAUAAUAAUUGUAAUGACAACAGUUUUUGCAUCGGUUCUCCCACGCACUUGAGUCGUGAUAAUGUAUUUAGUAUAAUUUUAUGGAUUGCGCCAAGAGAGCAGGCAAGAUGAAGCGAAUCUUGUGUUGAGCUGCUGAUAAGGCUGGUUAACUGUUGUGCGAUUAGCACAAGAAACAUGACUAAACGUUAUGGUGCAUUCUCGUCCACGGUGUCCAUCGGCUUUUUGACCGCCUGGCAAAAAGGAAGUACAAGCUACGGGCUCUAUGGACGAAAAUGCCGGUGAAAAAGUGUAAGAACGUUACAUGUAAGCCUGUACAGUGUUGUUCGGUUCUCAACUUACUUGCGCUUUUCUUAUACUGGUUCCCACUACUGCAUAAGUGAGUUUCAAGAAAAAUGAAAAAAAUGUUUUCUCCUGUGCUUGCCAGGUUACUAUGCUAAUGCUUUUCGCACAAGUACAAACGAG